CUCGACGCCCCCCCUCCCCCCCCGUAAUGGCGGCGGUUUGGCGCCCAUUGUUUACGUUGUAGCGGACGGCGGACGGCGGCGAUGGUGGCGGGUUUCGAAGUUAAAUGUCUAAUUUACUUUCGUGAAAAGGCGACCAAAGUGUUCGCAGGCGUCGACUUUCCCUCGGCAGCGAAGACGAAUUCGGAUUUCGCGGCACGGGAAAAGGACGAAAUUUCUCCCGCACUCGUACCGCCGUGAGGAGCGAGAACCAGGAGCGACGAGACGGUGAAAUCAUGGCUCCCACUCUCUCACCACCACCGUCACCAUCGUCAUCGUCAUCAUCAGCGGCGGCUUCCGUGCGCCCCAUCCACCGGCUCCAGCGUCUCUCCCCCGCCAGCCUCAUGGGCAGCGUCGCCUCCUUAGCGAUGGUGAUGACGUCGCUGGCGUUGGCGCCAGCGGCGCCAGCGGCGGCGGCGGCGGCGGCGGCCAUCGGCUGCGGCGAGACCAUGGGUCCCGCUCGCUGCUCCUGCUCGGAGGAGCGCGGACGGUCAGCGGCGGCGCCGUUGGGGCGCCGUGUGGUGUGCAGCGGUGGGGCGCUGGUGGACACCCCGCUGCCCGGCACUCUGCCCAACCGCACCGUCACACUAAUUCUGAGUAACAAUCAGAUCUCAAGACUCAGGAACGGCUCCUUCAUCGGUCUCAACUCCCUGGAGAGGCUCGACCUUCGGAAUAACGGCAUCGUCACAGUGGAGGCCGGAGCCUUCCUGGGUCUCUCAGAGAUCAAGAAGCUGGAUCUGUCCAACAAUCGUCUCCUCUGUCUGAGACAAGAGAUGUUUAUCGGCCUCUCCAGCCUCCUCCGCCUGAACCUGUCGGGAAAUUCCUUCUCCAGCCUCGCCCCUCGCGUCUUCGAUGAGCUCAGCUCCCUGAAGAGCCUGGAGCUCAACUCGGACUCGCUGCUGUGCGACUGCAGCUUGCGUUGGCUGUGGCGCUGGAUCCGUGACCGCACUGUGCACCUCAGCAACGACACACGCUGCUCAUUACCCACGCCGCUGCGUGGCCUGGCCUUCCACAGGCUCAAGGCAGGCCAGCUGUCGUGCGAGGGACCCCCAGAGCUGCCCCUAUUCCAGCUGCUCCCGUCCCAGGGCCAGGUGGUGUUCCGGGGAGACUCGCUGCCCUUGCACUGCACGGCGACACGUGUCCACCCCACCGCUGCCAUCGCGUGGACGCACAACGGCGGCUUCCCCUCCACCACCGCCACCACCACCACCACCACCGCAUCCACUGCCGGUGGUGGUGGUGGUGGUGGUGGUGGUGAAGCUGACUGCGCCAUGAUGUACAGCCGUGUGACCCUUCUGGACGUGUCCGUGUCCGCUGGGGGUCGCUGGAGCUGUGUUGUCACCACGCCCCGCGGCAACGUCAGCCGCUGGCUGGACGUCCUCGUCCUGGACGACUCCCCGGCACGUCGCUGCCCCGCGGACGCCGUCACCGGCAACCACGGGGACUUCCGGUGGCCCUCCACCAUGGCAGGCUUCACGGCAAGGCUGCCGUGCAUCGGCUCUCCCUCCUCGGCGGAUCUCGGCUGGGGGGGGCCGGGGGGGGGGCCGGGGGGAGGGGCCCCCCCCCCACCAAUCCCCCCGGCGAGGCCUGGGGUGGCCACCAGGCGCUGUGGCAGCGGUGGAUUGUGGGAGGAGAGGGGCGACUACGGAGCGUGUCGCGAGUCCAGCCGCCUGCUCGCCGCCUUCACACAGAUGCCGGUGAACGUGAGCACCGCCCUUGCCCUGGCUCACCAGCUGCUUGUGUUCACCGCGGAUGCCCGCGGCAGUUUCACGGACGACCUGGACAUCCUCCUCCUGGCCGAGAUCAUCGCCAAGUUCGCCGCAUUCGCAGAUCGCAUUCGCGAGCUAGGGCAGCUGGUGCUCGAGAUGGUGAGUAGCGCCAUGCAGGCCGACCCCAAGGUGCUGGUGUCCGCCCAGCGCCGCUACGGAGCCGGCCUGAGGAUCGUGAGCACGCUGGAGGCACUGGCAGCUGCCACCAGCGGCACACUGGGAGUGAGCGCCAGCCAGGAGCUCUACAAGUUGACGGUGAACGUGGCGGUGGCGGUGCUGAGGGUGAAGCCGCGAAGUUUCACCGGAAUGUGGUGCAGCACGGGGCGCAGACAGCCCUCACCCGACAGGUCUGCCCUUGGGUUGGGUGGCCGGGCAGCCGAAGGGCAGCUCAACGUGAAGUGUAGCGUGGGCAGUCCGGUCAAGAACAGCCUCGCCGAAGCAUCUAUCCAUCUACCGGCAUCUCUCUUCACGACCUCCUCCUCAUCCUCCACCUCCUCCACCUCGUCAGCGGACGAUGGGAGCUGCCGACUGGUGGUGAUCGUCUACCGCAACGGCCUCCUCUUCCCACCGCCUCCGCGUGGCGCCACCACCGGCACCACCGCCGACUCAACGGUGGCAGUCACCGGCCCGGUGGUCUACGUGAGCAUCGAUGGCGUCCAGCUCUCCUCCCUGCCGGAGCCCAUCGCUGUCAUCCUCCACCACUCCGCACAAGGCCCUACCCCCAGGGCCGCCUACCUCCGGCUUCCACCGCCACCACCGCCACGGCCACCACCACAACCACCAGCAACCACAACCGGCCAGUCCCCGCCCACCAAACCGCCCACCGUGAAAGAAGCUGGUGGUGAUGGUGGUGGUGAUGGUGGUGGUGAUGGGAAAUGGCCCAGCACUCAAGAUGGCGUGUGGGUGGUGGACGGUGGUGGCGGUGGUGGCGGUGGUGGCGGUGGUGGUGGUGGUGGUGGUGCGGUGGCACCGUGCGUGUGGAGAGCCACGGAGGGCACCGCGGUGGCUCUGCUGUGCACGCAGCUGGGACACGUGGCGCUGGUCACGGACACGUCCAUCCCUCUGCACCCCGUCCUGGUGUCCAGCUCAUCGUUCCGACCUGUGAUGCACGCCGGCACCGCCGUGCUCACCGCUUGCUCGCUCACCAUCGUCCUCACCUAUCUCGUCUUCCACAGGGCGGUGAGGGUGGGUCGCAAGGCGUGGCACAUGACGGUGAACGUCAGCGCCCACACGGCCCUCAGUGCCGCCGUCUUCACCGCCGGCGUCGAGCGCACCGAUCACACCGCCCUGUGCCAGGCCGUCGGCAUGGUGCUGCACUACGCCACGCUCGCCACCUUUCUCUGGCUGGGCCUCCUCGCGCGCAACCUCUACAAGCAGCUGCCGCCCGGCUCACCUCGUCCGCCACGGGGAUCCGCCGGGGUCAGGGGUCGCGCGGGCGAUGAGGAGGAGGACGACGACGACGAGGAGGAGGAGGAGGCCCCGCUACCUAGGCCCAUGCUCAGGUUCUAUCUGAUUGGAGGAGGGAUCCCGGUCAUCGUCUGCGGGAUCACAGCCGCAGCAAACAUCCACAACUACGGCACCAGCGAGCACGUACCGUACUGUUGGAUGUCGCUGGAGCCCAGUCUGGGAGCGCUCUUCGGUCCGGUCGCCUUCGUGGCGCUGGUGGGCGCCGUUUACCUCUCCUGCCUCGCCGCUCGCCUGCGCCGACGCCGUUCCCCCGCCCAGCGCCGCGGCGGCGCCGACGCCGAUGCCGACGCCGGUGCCGUCAUCACGGCGACGACGGCGACGGCGACAACGACGGCGACGACGACGACGACCGCCUUGAGCAGCCUCCUCCGCCCGCCACGGUCGCGUCGCCGUCACCGCCGUCAUCGUGACGACGGCGACGACGACGACGACGGUUUUGGUGAUUGUGGCGGUGACUGUGGCGGCGGCGGUGGCGGCGGCGACUCUGGCGGUGACUGUGAUGGCGGUGACUGUGAUGACGGCGGCGACGGAGACAGGAGGCGGUUGGCCGCCACCGCCGCCACCGCCGCGAUUGACGAACUUCCGCCGCUGCUUCUACCGCCGUCGUCAUCCGCACAACAACAACAACAACAACAGCCGCAACAACAACAACAACAACAACAGCCGCAACAACAACAACAGCCGCCGUUGCUCCAACUCAACAACAACCUGCGGUGCGUGGUCGUGCGAAGGACUCCGGUCAGAAUCAACGGCGUCGGCGGCGUCGGCAAACGCCGUGGCCGCCGUCACCGCCGCGGCGACGACGAGGAGGAGGAGGAGGAGGGAGGCGACGAGGAGGAGGAGGAGGAGGAGGAGCGCGACGAGAACCGCGACUACGAGCGCAGCCUGUCCUCGCGCCUGCGCGCCUGCCUGGCCUACGCCACGGCCUACACCGUGGCCUGGGCCGCGGCGGCCGCCUCCACCGCCCUGGGCUCACCAACAACAACAACGCCGGCGGCCACGGCGUGA